AUGUACAGGAGGGCUGACUUGCACGAGGUGUUAUAUCAAAGUGUGCGGGAUAAGGAUGCUAUUAAAACGUCACACUUUCUAGACUCAUUCGAGCAGGAUAGGACCGUGAAAAUGAGGUUUAAAACGCGAAAGCCUGUCGAAACAAUAACUCCGUCCGCGCCAAAAGAUCACCUAAAUACAAAUCCUCCUCAAG